AGCCACUUCACCUCAUUCGUCAGCGCAUCAUCUGGCCUCGAACGCAUUUCAACAACAGAUCAGCAAAGACAACACUUUUAUAUCCCCACGAAAGAAGCGAAUCACAAAUUCCAAAUCACAAACCACCAAUGUAUCCACCAUAGCAGUACUUGAAAAUUGAACCAAAUGGCGCGACGCCGACGGCCUCCGCGACCCGGUGCUCUCACCGAGCUUCCUCCCCUCAAGAUCCUGUCGCAAAUCCUACUCCUACAAGCAAUAUGGUACGGAGUCGCUACGGGACUUAUUCUAUUUACCGCGCUGGUAGCAGGCAAGCAUUUUAGUUUCGAUCUGGUGUUGAGUUGGCGGAGUCUGAGGGGCGAUACGACGGUAGGAUGGAUGUUGGGCUUGGUUUGGCUGCUUAACUCUUUUAUUGGGUACGUGUUGUCAUUAGUCUCAAGAUGUACUUGGAUCGAAUUAUGAAUUAUGCUGGGUUGCAGAUUGCUAAUAAAUCUUCUCAUGCUAGCGUGAUAUCAAUGCUCGUUUUCAUUUCGCGAAGCAAGCUUGUACCGGAUUUCGCGAUUACGCUUCACUUCAUCCACCUCGUAGUCACAUCCCUCUACUCGCACUCGAUACCCCGGAACUUAUUGUGGUGGGUGCUGCAGAUUACCAGCGCAGGAUUGAUGACAAGUUUGGGUGUAUGGAGCUGUCAAUAUCGGGAGCUGCGUCCUAUUAACUUUGGUGGAUCAAGCACAACGCAAGCAAAUUCCAGCGACGCUACUGCAGGCCCUUCCUCUGGCGAAGGUGGUGAUGAAGAGCAAGGCUUUGGGAGAGGGAGAGGAAGAGGGAGGGGUAGAGAUGGCGCUGGAGAAUAUGAGAUGGUUGGAAUGAAACCAGAGGCGGAAACUGGGUAGAAAAUUUACUGGAUGUUAAGCCAGUUGUCACAAUAGGCGUAUAGAUUGGCGGCGGCAUACAAUGGAGUUUGGGCUGGGCCUUGUAAUUUUACUUUUGUUUCGAGAGGAACGAAUCUUGGUUAAGAAGAUAGGGGGUUAUGGGAUACCCAAGGUGUUUCAAUAAUUUGGGACUUUAAAUUUGUUCUUCUUUCUCAAAGGAUGGAGUUUUAGCCGAUUCAAAACUCUGUAUGUGCAUAGGCAAAAUGAGCCACCGCAUAGUGGACUACAAGUACGUUCUUUCCCUCCCCCCUUUUGCUGCCCACAUCUCUUUUCCAGGACCCGUCGGCAGCCCAUUCAACUCCACACCUUCAUCGCCCGGAGUAAAGAUUUGUGAGCCACUUAUACUCAACCUUCUCAUUCUUGGCUUCGUGCGCAUGCUUGAUGACGAUGUUGAACCUGGGCUGAUCACGUCGUCUAUACACGGAGGACCUCCAGAACCGUGGGGAAUGGGGCAGCUUUCAGCAACAGGCGAGGGGAAGGUUUC